UGUUAAGUAGAAGAGGUUUCAUUUUAUUUUAACUUAAUCUGGUCAGUGUUCAAUGUAGCUGUCACAAGGAGAGCAAAGCAUCUUGAACGGAAGCUUCACCAAGGCCAUCUGCAGACUCUUGUAAAGCGGAUGUAAUCAGCUGAGGAUAAUCAAGACUUUGUGUUGCUUCUGAAAGAUUUGCUUCUCGUGCCGUGCCACAUUAGCCAGGGAAACGCAGAAGACAGCAAGCGUGUCAUCUGUCUCCCUCCUUCUAAGGGUGAAAUCUCUGCUGCAGCAACAAAACAACACUCUGAUGAAUGCCAGGAAACCAAAAGACCCAAAGGUCUCAAAAGAAAGAGCGACAGGUGCUAAAAAAGUCACCUUCAAUGCAGCAGGAAGAGAAGAAAGGGCCGUCUCUAAAUCUAAGCCAUCCCCAGGUGCUCCAACUGCUGGCGGUUACUCACCUUCCAAGCUUCAGAUGGGCAUAGAAACCACAGGAGCUUCAGAAGCCACAACUUCUAAACCAGCCUUUGUCACCUUGAGGGGCCUUCUAGCCGCCCAGCGACUCACUAAGGAAUUUAAGAACCGAGCCACUAUGAAAAACAAGUCAAGACUCCAAAUCUCUCAUCACAAGCCCAUCACCAUCAUCAAUGAGAAGAUUCCAGUCUCGUCUGCAAUAUCAAAAGAGAAAUUCUUUUGUGGCAGAGCAGAAGAGCUGCUAAGGGAAUAUUUACCAACCAAACUCGCCAACGUUACCUAUGAGCCUACAAAAUGUGCCAGCCUCACUAUUGCUUUAAGCGAAGAAAUAAGACACUUGGUCAAGCAAGUCACUCCUCCUCGGUAUAAGUUAGUUGUCAACGUCACCAUUGGAAACAAAAGCAAAGAUGAGACUGUGGAUAUAGUGGUGACUAGCCAGUGUCUGUGGGACCCUCAUUCAGAUAAGUUCACAUCCUCCCAGUACGUGAAUGAGACACUUUUUUGUGUUGUUUUGGUACAUGCUGUUUAUUUCGAGUAAGAAUCCAAAUACAUCUCCUUCGCAUAUGAAGAGCUUAGGUAUGUUACUAGCUACCAGUAAAGCGAGAUGCUCAGACACGGGUGUUUGAUGACAAACUUGGAACUGUGCCAUAGCUACAGCAUACACAGUAUGCAGAAACUAAAACAGAAUAAAAAUGCUAAUUAACAGAUGAAUUUAAAGAUGUGCAGAGAGACUAUGUGUGCCAUACAUCACAUGUACACUUACAUGUGCAAGAUGCCUUGUCAUAUCCUGUAACAAUACCUGGCUUUUACAUAGUGCUUUUCACUGGUCUGUCUCAAAGUGCUUUACAAAGUGAAGUAUGUAUCAUUAUAUCACUGGAUGUACUUUUACUAACAACUAUUGUUUUCCAUUAAUAAUGUGAUGUUUUAAAAUGGAAAAUAUGAUACCCAAUACUUUUAUUUCUGAGAUCAACCAUCUCCUCCAGUCUGUUACAUCUGGCUAAGCCUGGGUCUGCAUGGAACUCAGAGGCAGUUUGGACUUGAAUCCCAGGGACAACUCUUAGCCUGCACCUGCCAGAUGUUCUGCCUCUGGCAGAAGAACAAAUUCAGCAGCUCCACUCUCUUCUGCCCUUGAUUCAGCAAGGCAUUUAAGCCUGUGCCUAACUUUCAGCAUGUGAAUAAUCUCACUGAUUUUGUGUACUUAAUAGUCAGCAAGUGUUUAAGUACCUUGCUUGAAUUGGGGCUUUUGUUGUUUUCUAUUUUAUUUUGUAUCUCUUGUAAGGGUAGGGGUGAUAGUGAGGAAUUUUAUUGAACAGAUUGUGUUUUCUUCAUUCGUUCAUCUCCUCUGGGGUAACAUAGCUGCUUUGAGGCUUUGUAACCAGGGCCGGCUCCAGGCACCUGCGCAGGAAGCAGGUGCUUGGGGCAGCCAAUGGAAAGGGGCGGCACGUCCGGGUCUUCGGCGGCAAGUCCCUCGGUCCCUCUCAGAGGGAAAGACCAGCUGCCAAAUUGCCACCGAAGAAUGAAGCAGCGCGGUACAGCUGCUGCUGAGGUGCCACCGAUCGUGACUUUUUCUCUUUUUUUUUCUUCGUCGCUUGGGGCAGCAAAAAAGCUGGAGCCAACCCUUUCUGUAACCUCUGGAACAGCUAGUCAGGUGCAGCCCUAGCAGGCCUCUAUGCACUGCCCCUUCCUCCCCCCACAAUGCUAGAGCGUUCCAGAACAGCCCUGUGGAAAAUCCAAACAUUAUUCCAGAUAUGAGGCACUGUUUCUGGGAAGUUCAGAAAGUCAGUUCUGGCAGCCCUCUGCCUAUGGAAAAGUCAGGCAGUCACCAUGAAAUAGCUUCAGUUUAAUAAAUAAUAGAGACUAUAAAAUGCUUGGGAGC